AUGGGGCAGGUGGCUUGGAAGGGUUUAUUUCUAUCACUUUUUGAUUAUAAAACAGAGAAAUACGUCAUUGCGAAGAACAAGAAGGUGGGGAUUCUCUAUCGAGUGGUGCAGCUCUCCAUCCUGGCUUACCUGGUGGGGUGGGUGUUUGUUGUCAAGAAAGGCUAUCAGGACACAGACACAUCUGUCCAGAGCUCUGUCAUCACCAAGCUGAAAGGAGUAGCCUUCACCAACACCUCGGAGCUGGGGGAGAGGCUGUGGGAUGUCGCAGACUACGUCAUCCCUCCACAGGGUGAAAACGUCUUCUUUGUCAUGACGAAUCUGAUUGUGACCCCAAACCAGAGGCAAGCCACGUGUCCUGAGGUAGGAAGAACUGAGCCCCUUGGCCCCCAGACCCCUACAAAACUGGGUAGUGUCAGCAUUCCUGAUGCCCUGUGUUACAAGGACGAGGACUGCCCGGCAGGGGAAACAGUGGUGGCUGGCAAUGGGGUUAAGACUGGCCGUUGUUUGAAAGACAGAGACAGCAUCAGAAGGACUUGUGAGAUACUGGCCUGGUGCCCAGUGGAGAAAAGGUCCAAGCCCAAGAAACCGCUUCUCGCCAGUGCAGAAAACUUCACUGUUUACAUCAAGAACUCAAUCCGCUUCCCCAAGUUUAAGUUCUCCAAGAUGAAUGUGCUGGCAACCAACAAUGAGUCCUACCUGAAGAGCUGCCACUACAGCACAGAGCAUCCCUACUGCCCCAUCUUCCUCCUGGGGAACAUCGUCCGGUGGGCUGGGAGCGACUUCCAGGAAAUGGCCUCGGAGGGUGGUGUGAUAGGAAUUCAGAUUGAAUGGAACUGUGAUCUUGAUAAAGCCCCUUCUGAAUGUAAUCCUCACUAUUCUUUUAGCCGGCUGGAUAACAAGUUUGCAGAAAAGUCCAUCUCUUCUGGGUACAACUUCAGGUUUGCCAAAUAUUACCGGGAUGCUGAGGGGGUUGACUACCGGACACUCAUUAAAGCGUAUGGAAUCCGCUUUGAUGUGAUGGUGAAUGGCAAGGCAGGGAAAUUUAACAUCAUUCCCACCAUUAUCAAUAUCGGUUCGGGGCUUGCUCUCAUGGGAGCGGGAGCUUUCUUUUGUGACCUGGUGCUGCUGUAUCUGAUUAAAAAGAGUAACUUUUAUCGAGGCAAAAAGUAUGAGGAAGUGAAGUCCAGUUCCAGGAAAUCGUUAUCUAGCCCUACGCUGAACGGGAAUCAGAGCCCUGACCAGCUCGGGGGGCUCUAG